AGAUACUUUCCAGGAGUUUUCUGAUUUCGUGGUCUUUGCAGUUUACUUUUGGGGGUUUCAGCCCACUUACUCAAACGGACUUUGGACCGAUCUAGAGCAACUCUGUCAUGGUGCAGGCUGUGAUAGUGAAGCCCGAAUUUAAAACUAACCCGGAGAUCAACGUUAGACUCAGCCUUUGGAUUCUAAGAUACCGUAUAUUCUGAUAUGGUCCACUUCUAAGAUAUUUGAAGCACUUGGAUUUAUAGUCCAUUCAUUCCCUUCUCUCUCUAAUGGAAUCUCAAUGCCUGUCAGCAUCUUCUUUCCUGCAUCCCAAAAUCCAAACAUACGCAGUAACAAAUCCUGCUUGGAAAGUCCAUCAGCAACAUAGUGUAUCAGUUUUCUUCAAAUCCAGAAUCAGUUCCUACCAUGUCUGUGCCUGUCAAUGGAUGCGAGAGGAAAAGUCUCCACCUUUUUCCCGGAAAACCUGUGUAACAAAGGCAAAGAGAGAUCGCAGUCAAGUGACAGAGGAAGCUGUUGAGGAAGAAGAAAAGAAGGGAACUAUUACUGGUGCUGUUGCUCUUAUAAUUGGUACCAGCAUCGGUUCAGGAAUUCUUGCUCUACCACAAAAAGCUUCUCCUGCUGGUGUGCUUCCAAGUUCAAUAUCAAUGAUACUGUGCUGGGCUUUUCUUCUGAUUGAAGCACUUCUGCUUAUUGAAAUCAAUGUGGCUCUGCGAAAAAAGAGGGGGAAGGGAGAAGGAGGGGGUGAAUUGGAAGUUAUAUCUAUAAGGACUAUGGCACAAGAGACACUAGGAGAUUGGGAUGGAACAUUAGCAACUGUGACCUAUGUCUUCUUGGGCUACACUUCUAUGAUUGCAUAUAGUUCUAAGUCUGGAGAGAUUCUCUUCCAUUUGAUAAAUCUUCCAGAGUCUGUCUCAAGCUGCUUCUUCACUGCUUUGUUCACAAUACUCCUCUCUGUUGGAGGCACCAAAACUACUGAUCAAGUCAACCAGUGGCUCACAGCUUCCAUGAUAGGCCUGCUAGUUGCAAUUGAGAUUCUAGCAGUUCAGUUUGGAGGGUGGUCGGGUUCGGUGGGAAGCGGCGACUGGGGAAAAGUUCCUGCCACCAUUCCUGUGAUCAUCUUUUCUUUGGUAUAUCAUGAUAUUGCACCUGUUCUUUGUGCUUACUUGGGUGGUGACCUCAAGCGACUAAGAGCUUCUGUUUUGCUUGGUAGCCUUGUUCCUUUGUUUGCCUUGCUUGUCUGGAAUGCCGUUUCACUUGGCCUUUCAGCGCAGGUAGAUCAAGUUGUUGACCCUGUUCAAUUGCUCAUGAGGGUGAAAUGGAGCGGGAUUUCAUAUAUGGUAGAAGCCUUUUCACUUCUUGCAGUUGGAACAUCACUACUUGGCACAUUAUUGGGUUUCUCUGAGUUCUUUAAGGAGCAACUUAAGAACCUCACAUUGACUUCUCCCUCUUCACAGAUUUUACAGGAACGAGAUAAGCCAUUUGAGCUGAAAAAAUGGUGGGAAAGAAACAACAUCACCUUCACAGCAAUGGCAGCCAUUGUCGCUCCAACACUGCUGGUUUCGAUUAGUGUUCCAGAUGCAUUCUCAGCUGCCACAGACAUAGCAGGAGGCUACUGCAUGACAAUGCUAUAUGGAGUUCUUCCCCCAGCAAUGGCUUGGGCAAGUCAUGGUACAGAGUAUGAGGAUACCAACCAGAACGUGUUAUCAAGAGCAAAGCCUGCACUUUUUGGAGUGGGACUAUUUGCAUGUGGUAUAGUUGCAGAACAAAUUCUACAAGAUGUCUUGGCAUUGCAGUCCUAGCAAGGCUAAAGAAAGAGUCCAUAUUCAAAUACUUGUUAAUUCAAUAGAAAAUUCCAUUAUAUUUGCCAUUUCUUUCCUGAUUUGUUUAGGAAGAAAUUAUUCUUACGAGCAUUAUUGAAUAGUAACGUGUGAAUGGUUCUGGUUUACUACUCCAGAAAUCUAUGAAGAGAAGCCUUGAAUA